GAAGAAGAAGAAGAAGAAGAAGACUGAUUAUCUAUCGUCAUCGUCAUAUCCAUGGAUGGUGAAGAAGCCAAACAAGUAAUUAAUAAUGACAGGAUGAUCGUUCCAGUCACGCAACUCAACCAUAUUGAUUCAGAUCUCACCUUUGCAAUAACACUGCAAGAACAGUGAUGAAGAAGAAGAAUAUGAUGAUGAUGAUGAUGAUGAUGCUGAAAUUGAUCCUGGGUAUGGGGUUGGUGAUGAGGAAUACCUUGAAGCUGAAAUAUUAUAUCCGGAGGAGGAAGACGAAGAAGACGAAGGUGACAGCGACGAUGACAUGGAGGAAGACGAGAUCGACCCAGAUGAAAUGUCCUAUGAAGAGUUACUUGAGCUUGGAGAAGCUGUUGGGACAGUGAACAUAGGACUCUCAGCCAACGAGCUUGCUAAUUCACUGCGUCCCUAUGAGAAUAAAUGCAAGCUGAUGAAGAGGGAAGAUGUGGUAGAUCGGUGUGUGAUUUGUCAAGAUGAAUAUGAAGAUGGAGAAUCACUUGUAAUGCUUCCAUGUGAGCACCCUUACCAUUCAGAUUGUAUAAGCAAAUGGCUUCAAAUUAAGAAGGUUUGCCCAAUAUGUAGCAAUGAGGUUUCCUCAUCCAUUCAAAUUGAGAAGACUAACAGAGAUGAUGCUAUAUCAAUGGAUGAUAUCGAUCCUCAAGUCAGAUAAUCUUCAAGUGCAAA